AUAAACUAAUAAAUGUAACUGCAUUAUCUCUAACCUCAUUUUAAGUUAGUUCAAUAGUUUUCAUGGAACGUGAAGUUUCAUAUCCUAAAGUAACAAAAGCACCUCCUGAUUCAACGUUUUAUGUAUCCACUAAAUACGAGUCUUUAGACUAUGACCACUUAGAUAGUGAGGUGUAUAUUGAAGAGGAAGAAAUAAGAGGAAAAAAGUUUAUGCUCAGCAUAGUUAUCAAAAGAGUCUUCAUCUUUUCUUUAAUUGGCAUCUUCGUUGGAACACUUGGUGCAAUUAUUGAAAUUGGAAUUUACUAUGGUUCUUUUAUGAGAUAUUCUUUAUUAUACAAUGCCACACACGCAUAUAUGGACGAAAAGUUCCUAAAGCUAUGUUAUUUGUGGACAAUGUCAAUAUUAGCUCCAGCAUUCAUUGCUUCUGUUCUUGUGGCAUAUGGAGAGCCUAUGGCGAUGGGUGGUGGUGCUCAUUUAGCCCUCAGCUAUUUAAAUGGUAUAAAUAUUAGAGACAUCAUGAAAUACAAGUUUCUUCUAAUUAAAACAAUUAGCCUUAUUCUUACAGUAAUGAGUGGACUGCCAACAGGAAAGCUCACCAAACCUCCACCAGAGACUUAUGUUGCUAAAAGUGAAACUCAGACACCUACACAAUCUCCAACUCUUCCGCAAUAUACCAGCAGGUUUGGUCGUAGAACCAGGCCAAAUUAA